CAACGAACGUCAAUUUGCGCUUCUCCGCUGCCGGCGUCACGUUUUUUAACCUGUUCCAGGGGAUGUGUCUGGAGGAGCAUGGCGUUACCGUGGAGGCACUGUUGGAGGUGGGCUUCAGGCUCUACCAGUACGAGUUUACUAGAAACCAUAUGCUGUUUUAAUGGAAGUUCUUCUACCUCGUUGCUCCGAGGAACUGGAACCGCGACUGGCUCGGGAAAUGAGGGGCUGUCCUCAAGGACUGUACACACAACCUCACUAGGCAACUCUAUUCUGACAAGGCAAGAAUCAAGGCUGCUUUACUCUACACCAAAGCCUUGUUACUGCAAAAGGAUUCACAGCGAUGCCAAGUUGAAGGACCCCUUCACUCUAGCCCAAAAAGACUUGAAUCAUUUGUACGACGAUAUCAAGAAGGAACUUUUUGUGUCCAAAUCAGAGCUGAAGUCCAUAUGUGACUACUAUUUUGACGGGAAGGGCAAGGCUUUCCGACCCAUGAUAGUGGUGCUAAUGGCCCGGGCCUGCAAUAGUCACAGCAGCCGAGACGGUUUCACUAGGAGAAGAGAAGGGAAGCUUGCGAGAUCAGGAUGGUCUCACGAGGCUACUAAUGGGUUACAAGGAGACAGACCUGGAGAUCUGCUCCCAGGUCAGCGAUCCAUAGCUAUGAUCUCUGAGAUGAUCCACACUGCCAGCCUGGUCCACGACGAUGUCAUCGACUGCUCGGACAAGCGCAGGGGGAAGACCACUGUCAACGAAGUGUGGGGCGAGAGAAAGGCCAUUUUAGCUGGAGACUUCAUCCUCUCGGCAGCCUCCGUGGCUCUGGCCCGUAUCGGCAACAACACCGUGAUGUCAGUCCUGUCUCAGGUCACGGAGGAUCUGGUGCGAGGUGAAUUCAUGCAGCUGGGCUCCAAAGAGAACGAGAAGGAGAGAUUCAAACACUACCUCGACAAGACGUUUAAGAAGACUGCCAGUCUCAUCGCUAACAGUUGUAAAGCUGUAUCCAUUCUAGUGAACUCCGACCCAGAGGUUCAUGAAAUAGCCUUUCAGUAUGGGAGGAACGUUGGCAUCGCCUUCCAGCUGGUGGAUGAUGUGCUUGACUUCACAGCGUGUGCCAGCCAACUAGGAAAGCCUUCAGCUACAGACCUCAAGCUGGGUCUGGCCACCGGACCUGUCCUGUUUGCCUGCCAACAGUUUCCUGAGCUGCAUGGUAUGAUCAUGAGGCGGUUCAGCUCCAGUGGAGAUGUCGCUCGUGCCUGGCAGUAUGUCCAGGAGAGUGAGGGUGUGGAUCAGACCAACUACCUGGCCCAGCACUACUGCCAAGAGGCGAUCCGGCAAAUCAGCUUGCUCAGGCCUUCUCUGGAGCGGGACGCCCUUAUCAGGCUCACCCAGAUGGUCCUUACCCGGGACAAGUGAGCCCCCACUCGUCACUUCAGGCAGCUACUUGUACCUGUGGAAGGCCACCCCGUGGGGGGGUGGUUUGUUUCAUCAGUGAUAUUCCCAGUGGGUCCUGAUGGAGCAGUGUUUAUGCAGUUUUUUUUGGUUUGUUUUUGUUGUUACUUAACUAAGAUAAAGGUGGAACUAAACUGUGCAUACACAGGUUCUUCAGGACUGAGUUCUGAGAUGCACAGCUUCAUAUUA